AUGGCUUUCACUGCUAGCGACAUCUGUAAGAUCAUCUUUGCCGUCAUCCUCCCGCCGCUCGGCGUCUUCCUCGAGCGCGGCUGUGGCUCAGACGUCCUGAUCAAUAUCCUCCUCACCAUCCUCGGCUACCUUCCCGGCAUCGUACACGCCCUCUACAUCAUCUGCAAAUACUAG